ACACCUUGGGCAGAGAUGACAUGGCCAAGUCCACCAGUUGGACCAGGUGGUCGUUCAAGUGAAACUCAUGCUGUAAAAGUUCCUUAUGAUAACGGACGUGAUGAAAGAUAUAGGAGUGGCAGUCCUGAUAGAUAUGCAAGUGAAGACAAACGCUUUGCUCCAACUUUACAUGAACGCUUCAGUUCAGUUGUGGAAACAAACCGGUCUGAACCUCAAGUCAGGUAUUCCCGUGAGGACUUGGAAAAAAUAACCAUUGAUAUUCGGCGUAAUCUACGUGAUCAGUCCCCAACUCUUCGUCGCAUUAUGAAUCCAUCUGAUGUAAAAUUAGUUCGCAGAGCUAAUGAAGGGCAUCGCCCGAUUUUUGAUAGGGAAGAAAUCAAACAAGCUCCUAGAGAUUUAAGGGAAGAUGCGCAUUAUGAAAGAAAACUUAUGUCUGGAGGAGGCUUAUACAAUUCUGCACAUUCAAUGGAUCUUAGAGAAGUUGAAAACUAUGAAAUUACUCGUCACAGAUUUGAUACUCAACAUGCCUUGUUUAGUUCCAGCAGUGGACGAACACUUAGUGAUCGUUGGCAAAAUCCUGAACUGAGAAAAGAAAGUACAAGCCUUGAUCGAGAUGAAAGGAAACGUGAAUAUGAAAUGUCGCAGAUCACACGUACCUUCGUUGAUUUGCCUAGAAGUAGAUCAAGAUCUGGAGAUCGAGAUUUUCGUGCAGAAAGAUAUGGUGGUAGAGAACCAAUUCAUAGCAGACCAGAUUAUCCAGAAGGUCCUCAUCGUGUUCUUGGCUCACCUCCUGAGCCCAGGGAUCCUAUACCUAUUCAUCACAAGAGUAGUAUUGCUUCUGAUAGUAGGCGCAAGUUAUCUAUGAAAAGAGGAGUUGAAAGAGAACAUAUUCCUCCCCCGUCAAGAAGUGAUUCAAGAAGCCGCUUCCGUUCCCCUUCAGAAAGGCGAUAUCCUGAAAGCUUCUCUUCAAGAGAGAGACACCAUAGUGGCCAUCAUUCUCCUGGUAUGGAGUUUCAUAGAUUGAGACGUAGUAGGUCUAGGAGUCUAGAUUCAAAGCUCCCAGACUUUUCCCGCAGACCAGAUAAAUAUAAUUAUAAAGCAUGGAUUGAUAAGCCUGAUAUUACUCCAAGAGGUCCGAGUUAUUUUGAGCAUGAUAAUCGAGAAGGUUCUGAUCCAUAUCGAGGAAGAGGAAGUUCAAGACCUUUUCGAAGCUUAAGAGGUUUUCGCAGUAGAGGCUUUCGUGGGCUUUCGAGAGGUAGCAUGCGUUUCCGGGGUUCAUUCCGAGGUUAUAGAGCUUCCAGCACCAGCCCAAGAGGAAGAGGAACUCCUCGAAAGGGCAGAUUUUCUCCUGGCUUGUGGGAGCAUGAUUUGUAUUCAAGAUCAUCUCAAGAUAGGAAAUCGGGAAGCCUUCUGUAAUAGCUCAAGUGCAUAACUUCUUUUAUUUUGUUGUAACUGGCAUUAUUUCUGACAUGUCUAAAUAAAAUCCUUUUGUUAUAC